AUGUCGAUCCACAAAGAAUUGGGCUUCGUUCAGGAUACACCGGUCCUACGAUCUAGCCAGGAGCUUUCUUCUUCUGACAACAGCAAUACUUUGUCCGGGAUAGUCUGCCAUCAAGAAGCCCUGCAGCCUGAGGUUCUCUAUUUUCUACCUGACAACGGGCCAGAAGGGAUACUGGUCUACCUCCACCUCCAGUCGCCUUUUUUGUUGCUAGCCGAUGAGCUGUGGACCCCUCUAAUAGUUGGCACAUGCGGGAAUAUCCAAUGCAGCAUCUCCUACUCAGGAAUCUGGAGCUCAAAACACCAGUAUUCCGUGAGCGCCGGUAUUCACCACAUGCCUAACGAGCAGGGUACUAGUCCCCGUACCCCUCUCUGGGUAGUGGUCCAUGAUACGGCAACGUUAGCUCCAUAUAUUCUCUAUAUUGGAGAGAUCUCUUUCCAGCCAAAUAUCAGUGACCCCUGUGCAGCCAGAAAUCAGGGAUAUUGGCCAUGUUCCCUCUCUCCACCAUUACAGGGUAGGCAACAGCUCAUGUCCUACAAUACAUUCUUCGAACCGCAAGCUGGCGUCGUCGAUGUGAGCAACAUAGAUCAGCCAGGCCACUUUUUGGAAAUAAUCGAACCAUCUCAGCGGCCAUACUACCUUAUUAACAACAUUCCUGCUGCAAAAAUGCCUGUCCCUACUGUGAUAUCUGAGGCUGAACCGUACGUGAUUAGUGAGGGGCAUAAACUUGAACCUUCCUGGGAAUUUAGUGGUUCAACAGACGUGACGUUACCGACCACAGAAUUAGACAACAGCGACGCCUCUGUGAAAUCCACCCCGCAAUUGUCCGACUCUUCUCUACUCUACAUGAAAUCCGCCGUUAUGGAUAUGGCGUUUAACUGGACCAGAGAGGAGACAGCCCAACGUCGAAGAAUUGUCUACUUUAUCCGUGAUCAGGAGAACCGUCAAUUUAUUGAUAUUAGCUUUUCCCCUCCUUUCUAUCAGCUGACGGAAGUCGAUUAUAUAUGCACUAGCUGUAUCUACUGGCCUGGGAGAGAAGACCGUUUUAUUACCAGUUCUGAUAUUAUUCAGCUUCUUCAGUGGCUCCUCCAGACACGUAUACUGCAACUGCAGAGAUGUCGGAUCCGACGAAAUCUGGACCGCUUCCAACCGCACUUUAUAUCAAAGUCGGACCCGGAAAGCUUUGAAUUUACACGUAUGGUCCGAGGUUUUCGGAACCCGAGAGCAGUCGCCAUCCGAAAAGACAUGAAGGUCUUCCCGUGGCGAAUGCUGCAAUCAGCAAUCACCACGAUUCUCAACAAGGAUGACAUCCAGGUCCACUUCCUGCCUUAA